CACCCCAUUUGCUGAAAACAAGUACAGUCAGUUGAGUCAGUUGACCUUCAACAAGCCAUGUUCCCUGCAUCUCUGCUGCUGCUGGCAGCUGUAUCCUGUGUGUUCUGUCAGACUGAACUCACACAGCAAGACUCUAUGACUGUAAAGCCUGGACAGUCUCUGACUCUCUCCUGUAAAGUCUCUGGGUAUUCUUUAACCGAUACCAGCUACUGUACAUACUGGGUACGACAGCCUGCUGGAAAAGCAUUAGAGUGGAUUGGAGGAAUAUGUGGCAGUGGUAACACAUAUUAUAGUGAUAAGUUGAAGAACAAGUUCAGUUGCUCCAGAGUCACUUCCAGCAGCACAGCAACUCUAACAGGACAAAGUCUGCAGACUGAAGACACAGCUGUGUAUUAUUGUGCUCGAACACCUAAUGCUUUUGACUACUGGGGAAAAGGCACAAUGGUUACCGUUUCAUCAGCCACAGCAACUGCCCCGACUUUGUUCCCUUUGGCACAAUGUGGUUCCGGGCCCAGAGAUAUGCUGACUCUGGGUUGCAUGGCCACUGGCUUCACGCCGCCUUCCAUCACCUUUAAAUGGAAAGACUCCACCAAGACUGCCCUGACUGAUUUCAUCCAAUACCCCUCAGUCCAGAGCAAUGGAAAGUACAUGGGAGUUAGUCAGCUUAGCAUAAAGAAAGCGGACUGGGAUACGAAGGAUUUCGUAUGUGCUGUGGAACAUUCAGCUGGUAACAAGGAAGUGACAAUUCGAAUACCAGUGCUGCGGGUCACUCCUCCAAAAAUCGACCUGCACCAUUUCUGGGAGGGUAAAUCAAAGGUGGGAUUCCACUGCACUCUGAGAGAAUUCUACCCUGACAAUCUAAGUGUGGAAUGGCUGGUGGACGGCAAAUCUUCCACUAUCCAGAGUGUCCAAAUAAAGGAGCAGAACACAGUAGGUGAAAAAACAUUCACCCUGAGCAGCCAGAUGGUGAUGAAUCAAUGGACUGAAGGUUCAGAAGUCACAUGCAAGGCUACGAACAAUGAACAAUCAUACAAUGAGACCAUCAACAUUUGCUCAGUUUCGUCUAUUCCAUCCAUCAACCUGGAGAUCCCCAGACUUAGGGCAGUAAUGACGAAGGGGGAAGUGUACGUUUCAUGUCAGGUCCAAUGUCCAUUUGAAAAUGUCACAAUAUCCUGGUUUUUGAAUGGAAAUAUCCUAAACGAGAAGUCCAAAGUGGAAAAAUCGAAUGAGACCAUCAUCAGCAACCUGACCCUUUCCUCAGACCACUGGAAAACCCUAAACAACAUUACUUGUAGAGUAGAACAUCCCUGCUUCACCGCCAAAGAGAAAACCAGCCAACUUAAAGGAGCUACACUGAACAAGCCAUCAGUGAUGAUCAGGAGGUCUCUCCCAGACCUACUGACAAGGGACAGUGCUCUACUGGAGUGUGUCAUCACAAAUCUUUCUUCCAGUGAUUUCUAUGUCACCUUUCAGGCCAAUGGGGUCAAUAUCUCUAAAGAACAAUAUGUCGAUCUGCCUGCCUCCAAAGACCUCUAUUCCAUCACUAGGCUCUUCUCCGUCCCAAAAUUACAAUGGCAGAAAAAUAUGACUUUCACCUGUAAAGUGAACCAAGGGUUCUUACACAGCUGGGAAUCCAACUCCACAGGAAGUUUUUUUGAAGACCUAUCCAUGGAGCUCUAUCUAGUCCCCAAUAGGUCAGACUCAAAGACCCAGAGACUUGUGUGUUCGGGAUUGGGCUUCAACCCUCAGAUCAAAUGGCUCUCUGAGUCUGUACAGAUAUCUGCACCUGUUAAUGACAUUAGGAUAGGAGAAGACGGACGUGUGGCAGUAACCAGUUUCAUCACUAUACAACAGCAGGAGUGGAACGAUGGGAAGAAUUUCACCUGUGAAGUCAUCGACAACAUGAACACCAUCAGAAAGUACAUUGAUAUCUGUGCAGUGACUCCAAAAUCAUCUCAGAAAGUGGGGGUUUACUUACAGGGACCAGCUCUUCAGGAGCUAAAGACAGGUGGACAUGGGACUGUUACCUGCAUACUGUUGGGUCCCAACCUUGGGGAGUUUUCUGUCAGCUGUAAGGUGGGUGAGAAUGAGUCUCUUCCAAAAAGGGUCACACAGGAACCCAUCAACCAUCCAAAUGGGACACAGAGUGUAAAGGUGGUGUUUAACGUGUCUGCAACGACUUGGCAAGCAAACACAACUGUGUCAUGUGAGGUGAGGCACCGCUGCUCCGACCAAACCCAGGAAGUGAAUAUCACGAAAGGCCCUGAUCCAAAGCCACCCUCUAUAAAGCUACUGAGACCAUCAGAAUCUGAUCUAUUGGAGUCAGAAAAUGUGACAUUGCUGUGCUUAGUCUCUGGAUUCUUCCCCUCUGAUGUAAUAGUGAAAUGGAAGCAUGACGGCAGUGACUUACCUUCAUCUCGCUACUCCAAUGGCCCUUCAGUCCAGUAUGCAGGGAGCAGCACCUACUACAUGAACAGCAGACUCGUUGUUCCCAAGGCCGAGUCGUAUCAGAACUCCAAUUACUCCUGUGUUGUCAGGCACGAGUCAUCCGACACACCUAUCGAACGCACCAUAGACCAGGUUUUUGCCUCGGUGAUUCCCUCCCGGCCAACAGCAACCCUGCUCCAAGGUAGCAAUGAGCUAGUCUGCCUAGUUUUUGGCUUUAGCCCUUCUGCAAUCAACAUCACCUGGCUGCUGGAUGACUCCACAGAGCUGUCGGACCAUAACACAAGCACUCCGUACUGGUCCCCAGGGGGAAAGUACAGUGUCUGGAGCACCCUGAGACUGACAAACCAGGACUGGCCAGUGGGAAGUGUUUACACCUGCAGGGUGACCCACUCAACUCAGAUCCUGACCGUAAACAUAUUCACAUCAGUAGAGAAUCAUAAAGAGGUUGUGUUCUUUGACGAGAACAAGAACAACCCCAUCCUGGCUGACACUGCAGAGGAGAACUGGAAUAUGGCCUGUAUCUUCAUCAUUCUCUUUCUCAUUUCCCUACUCUACAGCAUCACAAUCACUCUGGCACAAUGAUGACAUCCGGAUGAGUUCGAUCUGAUGAAUCCAAACUGCAAAACACUUCCUUACAAACCUGUUCUUUAAUCCAGAAAAACAGAUGGUGGUUUGCUUAAUAAUACUUGCUCUUACCUUUGGUAAAUACAUUAUAGGUGUUUCAAACAACGAUUAUUUUUUUUAACCAUUAUAGUUUAUGCACAUAAUACCAUCAAUGUCAAAGUAUGUAGGUUUAG